CAGGUGGAAGGCAGCCACCUGGAAUCGUCUGUAAGCCAAACAGACCUGGGAUGCAGGGUUCAGGGUGAAAGUUCUUUGGAACCCUCAGCCUCGUUGUAAAGACCCCCUGGCAGCGGGGCUGGGAAGUGGCGGAACCAAAGGAGGACGGGCGUUGGUUGCUGGGACGGACGUGGAGCCGAUCUGUCCGUCCUUACAAGUUUCCCCCAGGCGGCCUGCGACCUAUCCAGGUGGCCAAGUGGCUCCACGAAACCUAGGGGCCAUCGCUGGCCCCAGUUCGAGGCCGACUGAGAAAUCUUCGUGCCUCAGAUUUAUUGACCUACAGGAUGCUUCGAUACUUAUAUUUUUGUAGGAUACAUAAAGAAUUGUUUUCAUCUUCUUUGGAAUCUGGCAUACGUAAUUUAGGUGUCUGGCAAAAGAAAAUACAUACUACAGCAGAAAGAUGUGAAUAUGAAGCCCAAGAAUCAACAGACAAAACUAAAGCUCAGGAGUUAGACAGAUCUCAAGACAGUGAUUCUAAAGUCAUGAAUAACUUACAUAUUCCAGUAAUGGUAGAUGAAGUUAUUCAUUGUUUGGCACCACAAAAAGGGCAGAUUUUUCUAGAUAUGACAUUUGGUUCAGGAGGCCACACAAGAGCCAUUCUUCAGAAGGAAUCAGAUAUUAUUCUUUAUGCCUUAGACAGAGACCCAACAGCUUAUGCUAUAGCCGAACAGCUUUCAAGAUUGUAUCCUAAACAGAUCCGAGCUAUGUUAGGCCAGUUUAGUCAGGCAGAAGGCUUACUAAUGAAAGCUGGAGUUCAGCCAGAGACUUUCGAUGGAGUUCUUUUGGAUCUUGGAUGUUCCUCCAUGCAACUUGAUGCUCCUGAAAGAGGUUUUUCCCUUCGGAAGGAUGGCCCUUUGGACAUGAGGAUGGAUGGUGGCAGGUAUCCUGACAUGCCUACUGCUGCUGAUGUUGUGAAUGCUUUAGAUCAGCAGGCCCUUGCAUCCAUCCUAAGAACAUAUGGGGAGGAGAAGCAUGCCAGAAAAAUUGCUUCAGCAAUCGCCCACGCACGAAGCAUAUACCCUAUCACCAGAACCCAGCAGCUUGCCAGCAUUGUUGCAGGUGCAUUUCCUCCCUCUGCUAUUUAUUCACGAAAAGACUUGCUACAACGAUCUACCCAUAUUGCUACCAAGACUUUCCAAGCUCUCCGCAUAUUUGUGAACAAUGAGCUCAAUGAACUCUACUCAGGACUGAAGACAGCUCAGAAAUUUCUGAGGCCCGGUGGUCGCCUUGUUGCCCUCUCCUUCCAUUCAUUAGAGGACCGCAUUGUCAAACGAUUUUUGCUUGGCAUAAGCCUUACUGAAAGAUUUAACCUAAGUGUUAGACAGAAAGUGAAACAAACACUGCAGUUGGGUUCAAACCAUGAAGACAAAGAAGAAAUCUCUGCAAGAGCUCCCUUAAUGUGGGAAUUGAUACACAAGAAGGUACUUACUCCAGACGAUGGAGAGGUACAAGAUAACCCCAGAGGACGCUCAGCCAAACUUAGAGCGGCUAAAAAGUUAAGAAAUUAAUCAAUCUCUGAUCUUCCACUAGUCUUUCUAUUUUUCUAGUUAUUUUAAUGUCAUAUUCCUGCACAGUUUAACACAGCUUAAAAUAUGAGAGAAUAUGGAAAGUUAUAGUAUUUAGCAUUAUUUUUUUUUCUCAAGAAAAUGGAAUAAAUUUCAGCAUGACAUAGAAUGCUCAAGUCAGGUUGCAGCAAAAUCUCAAAACUGGAUAAAAUAUUUCCAUUUCUCUUAUUUUUUACUUUUGAAUAACCAUUCUUAAUGAGAAAAGAUUUUAAAGACUACUAUGUUGUGUUAUCUAAAUAUGUAAACGCAAGCUGCCAAAGAGAAAGAUGCUAUAAUCAUGUCUGCAUGACCUAAAUUCUAAAUUUGUGUACACAUUUGCAACAGACUUUCUAUGGCUUAAAUAAUUAAUGAUAAUCAGGGAAUAUAUUUUAAUUUUCCUAGUUGUGAAUAAUUGUUUACUAUAGCUUUCUCAAGUGUAAACUUUUUUUGAAAUAAAUUUUAAGUUUCAAAUAUUACUUUAAGAUUUACUAAACUG